AAAAAAUAAUCAAACCGAGAUUAAAUCAUAUGACAAUAGUCAAGUAUAAAAUGCACUGUCAGUAAUGAAGAGCGUGCGCCGCGUCUAACAUUAAGAGAAUUUUUUUCGUUUUUGUAAAAAAAAGCCGGUUUUUGUAUUUAAAGGGAAGAAAAAUGCGUUCUGUAUUAAUAACGGGCGGAAAUCGAGGAAUUGGUCUUGGUCUCGUCAAAAAAUUUGUUCAAGGAACAAAAUUCCAACCGGAAUUUAUCUUCGCUACCUGUCGGGACAUUAGUAAAGCGACUGAACUCAAAAGUCUUGCUGACUCGAAUCCGAAUUUGCACAUAAUUACUAUUGAUUUGAAAAAUGUGAACGAUUAUAAAAAAGUAUUUGAGGCUGUUAAUGAAGUAGUUGGUGAAGCUGGACUUAAUCUUCUCAUUAAUAAUGCGGGAGUUUCAACAAAAUUCACUCGACUUGGAUUGGUGAAAGAAGAACAGCUUAAAGAUAAUUUUGCUAUUAAUACAAUUGCGCCUAUUAUGCUAACACAGAAUCUUUUGCCUCUUUUGAAAAAAGGAGCGAAAAGCCAAGAAGAUAAACCAAUGAGUGUUUCGCGGGCUGCAAUUGUGAAUAUUUCUUCAGUUCUUGGAAGCAUAUCUCAAAACGAUUCGGGAGGAUAUUAUCCUUAUAGAUGCAGCAAGAGUGCAUUGAAUGCGGCAACAAAAUCAAUGAGCGUUGAUUUAAAAGAAAAUGCAAUUUUGUCAAUUAGUAUGCAUCCAGGUUGGGUGAAAACUGAAAUGGGUGGAAUGCAAGCACCAUUGGAAGUUGAUAAAAGUGUUGAUGAUAUUUUAAAUACUUUGCAUAAUUUAAAAGCCGAAGAUACUGGUACUUUCUUACAACACGACGGUAAAAGUUUACCUUGGUAAAAAAGAUUAUUCUUUUUUGCCCAAUAUUUUCCUCUUUUUGAAAUAUUUACUUUUUUUUAUAUAUUAUUUUCGAUAAUUUGCCCUUCACGUUCUCUGCAAUUUAUUUUUCUUUUUAUGAUUUUAAUAAUGCCGUUAGCAUUGAAUCUUUGAAAACCAAUAGAAAGUGUUUACACUGUAAAUUGAGAUCUUGAAUAUUACAUCAAAAUAAAAGUAGAACAGCAA